AUGUUCAAAAAUUCUGAUAGAAUUUACCUCUAUUCUGUAGGCCCCGAAGUAUUAUUCACUCAGCAUGACACCGACGAUAUUAUUCCUACUUUAAACUUGGUCCAUAAAUAUCCCGAAAUUCUUCCUUCUGUAAGAGUUGAUCGUGGUGCUAUAAAGUUCAUUCUUGGGGGUGCCAAUAUAAUGUGCCCUGGACUUACUUCUAAAGGUGCACAAUUACCAGAAAGCCCUGGCCUUGAUAAAGGUCAGGUUGUAGCAGUUUAUGCUGAAGGAAAAGAAAAUGCGUUAGCAAUCGGGCGAUUGACAAUGUCUACUGAAGAGAUUAAAUCAGUAAACAAGGGCAUUGGUGUAGAUCUCAUCACAUAUUUGGGCGAUGGUUUGUGGGGUCUUAAAGAUUCAGUUUAA